AUGUUUACAUUUGUCAUGUCUGAUGUGUAUGUCUGUGUGUAUCUUGGUCUGUUGACAGAAGAACUAAGGAGCUAUGGUAUACAGGACAUAUUUGUUUUCUGCACCAGAGGGGAACUGUCAAAAUAUAGAGUCCCAAACCUUUUGGACCUCUACCAGCAGUAUGGAAUUAUCACUCAUCACCAUCCGAUCCCAGAUGGAGGGACGCCUGACAUAGACAGGUGCUGGGAAAUAAUGGAGGAGCUUGCAAUCUGCCUCAAAAACAACCGCAAAACCUUAAUACACUGUUAUGGAGGCCUUGGAAGAUCCUGUCUUGUAGCCGCUUGUCUCCUCUUGUACCUGUCUGACACAGUCUCACCACAACAAGCCAUAGACAGCCUUCGAGAUGUAAGAGGAUCUGGGGCGAUCCAGACUAUUAAACAAUAUAAUUAUCUUCAUGAGUUCCGGGACAAAUUAGCCUCCUAUCUAUCAACAAGAGAGUCACUGUCAAGAUCUGUGUCAAGAUGACGAAUUUCAAAUAGCUUAUAUAUGACCAUGUCUGAAAUUUAAAAUUCCUCUAGUAUAAUCUAUACAGAAAUAAGACAACUCAUGAUAUCUCCUUGAAUGUAAAUGUUUAUGUGCAGAUAUUCCUAAAGUUUUUAUUGACAAAA